UCAGGACCGGCCACAGUCCAGGGCGAAAACACACGAAGCGCGACUGCUGGAGCGAUACUGUCAGUCUGAGCUCCCCCAGAGAAUACCUCCUCAUGGCGAAGGAAGCAGCUCCAAAAGCUAAUAAAUUUCCCUCCUCUUCAGCCUCCUUCGCCUCUGUCUCCGCCGGGACCACCACUACGGCCACCGACGAGCCCUCCAAUCAGAAAAUGGUGUUGAGGGUUAGGUCAAAUGCGAGAAAGUGGUCGGUAAGCCUGAGUGAGAAAGAAGAGGAACACAAAACCACUAAGAAACGCAAAACCACGCAGAAGAAGAAAAUUGACAAGUUUGAUGCCAAAAAGCCCAAGAAACCUCCUACUGCUUUCUUCUAUUUCUUGGAAGAUUUUCGCAAGGAAUUUCAAGAGCAAAAUCCAGGUGUAAAGUCUAUGCGUGAUAUUGGCAAGGCAUGUGGAGAGAAGUGGAAAAUAAUGACAUAUGAGGAAAAGGUUCAAUAUUACGAUAUAGCCACAGUGAAGCGAGCAGAGUUCGAUAGAGCCAUGGCAGAUUAUGUCAAAAGACAGGAAAUUGGGGACUACGAAGAAGAGGGUGACUCGGACUCAGAGUGGGAUGAGUAAAGCUCUCAAAUUCUUGGGAGUUCAAUGUGUAGGAAAUUGUAUAUUAACAUAGGGAACUGAUUUGGUGUUUUUACAAGGAAAAUGUUGUUAGGAUGGGUCUUUUGGUAUCAGAUAUAUUGAAUUGGAUUUUGAUGUGAUAUAAUCAUCUUUGCGCAUUAAUGUUCUUGUUUCUGUUAUGAUCU